AUGCCCCCUCAAACUCUCUUUUACGAACAGCCAGAAGAUGCUUCUGUAUCUUUAAAAGUUGUCUCCCCCAACGUUCAAUAUACCGAUACCCAUAUUUUUGCUAACUUUGUGUAUAACAAUGCAACUGUAAUCAAGAAAGGUAGAACUCUCGAGGUUUUUCCAACAGAGACGAAAUAUCAAUUUAAGACAGAAUUAAAUGUUCCAAAAGUUGGGUUAAUGAUUGUUGGUUGGGGUGGCAAUAAUGGUUCUACCUUAACUGCUAGUAUUGUUGCAAACCGUGGUAACAUAACUUGGCGAACCAAGGAAGGAAUUAAAUCUCCAAAUUAUUUUGGUUCUGUUGUUCAAGCCUCAACACUUAAAUUAGGUGUGGAUGCCAAGGGGAAGGAUGUUUACAUUCCUUUUAGUCAAAUUCUUCCUAUGGUCCAUCCUAAUGAUUUUGUUCUCGGUGGUUGGGAUAUUAGCUCUUUAAAUCUUGCACAAUCAAUGGAACGUGCAAAGGUUCUUGACUAUAAUCUCCAAUGUCAAGUUGCACCCGAACUUGAAAAAAUGACUCCGUUGCCUUCUAUUUACUAUCCAGAUUUUAUUGCAGCAAAUCAAAGUGACCGAGCUGAUAAUCUUAUUUCCGGAAAUAAUAAAAAGGAACAUCUCGAACAGAUUCGUAAAGAUAUUCGAGAAUUUAAGGCUGUUAAUCAACUAGAUAAAGUUAUUGUUGUUUGGUCUGCUAACACUGAACGAUAUUCUGAAAUUAUUCCGGGUGUUAAUGAUACUGCCGAUAAUCUUCUCAAAUCAGUCAAUCAAAGUCAUCCCGAGAUUGCACCAUCCACAAUCUUUGCUUUAGCUUGUAUUCUUGAGAAAACUCCCUUCAUUAAUGGAUCACCACAAAACACCUUUGUUCCCGGUUGUAUUCAACUUGCCGAACGUGAACGCGUAUAUAUUGCCGGAGACGAUUUCAAGUCUGGACAAACUAAAGUUAAAUCCGUAUUGGUUGACUUUUUGGUAAAUGCCGGUAUUAAGCCAGUUGGUAUCACCUCUUACAAUCAUCUUGGAAACAAUGAUGGAAAAAAUUUGUCUGCCCCCCAGCAAUUCCGAUCCAAGGAAAUCUCCAAGAGUAACGUGGUUGAUGAUAUGGUUUCGGCCAAUCAAAUUCUUUAUCAACCUGGCGAACACCCUGAUCAUGGGGAUUCAAAACGAGCUUUGGAUGAAUAUGUCUCAGAAAUUUUCAUGGGUGGUAAAAAUACCAUCUCUUUAUAUAAUACAUGUGAAGAUUCUCUUCUUGCCGCUCCUCUUAUUUUGGAUUUGGCCAUAAUCGCUGAACUUAUGACUCGUAUUCAAUAUCGUGUUGGUGAAAAUGAGGAAUUUGCACCUUUUAACGCAAUUUUGUCCAUUUUGAGCUUUAUGUUAAAAGCUCCUUUAGUACCAACCGGCACUCCUGUUGUUAACGCAUUAAGCAAGCAACGAAUGGCAAUGGAGAAUUUCUUCCGCGCAUGUGUCGGCUUAGCACCGCAGAAUGAGAUGCUUUUGGAACACAAGACAGCAAUGAAAUGA